AUGACAACGGCGAGCUGAGCGUCUGAACCCGGAAGAGAGAGACGGAGCUGGAGCGGAGACACACAAACAAACAAACCGAGCUGAAAAAAACAUCAGAUUAAGCCAUCGGACCUUAUAAAACCGCGGUGAACGUGAACAUGGACGACACUCUCUUCCAGCUUAAGUUCACUUCGAAGCAGUUGGAGCGACUGGCCAAAAAAGCAGAGAAAGACUCCAAAGCCGAACAAGCCAAAGUGAAAAAGGCUCUCCAGCAGAAGAAUGUGGAGUGCGCGCGCGUGUACGCAGAGAACGCCAUUCGCAAGAAAAACGAGGGUCUGAACUGGCUGCGUAUGGCGUCUCGCGUGGACGCCGUGGCCUCGAAGGUCCAGACGGCCGUGACCAUGAAGGGGGUCACGAAAAACAUGACGCAGGUGACUAAAUCUCUGGAUAAGGCUCUGAACUCCAUGGACCUGCAGAAGGUGUCGGCCGUCAUGGACAAGUUCGAGAGCCAGGUGCAGAAUCUGGACGUUCACACCUCGGUGAUGGAGGACUCCAUGAGCUCCGCCACCACGCUGACCACGCCGCAGGAGCAGGUGGACGAUCUGAUCCUGCAGAUCGCGGAGGAGAGCGGCCUGGAGGUGGUGGAUCAGCUCAGUCAGCUGCCGGCCGGAGCCACGUCUCUGGGAGAGACGUCCACGCGCUCGCAGGAGAAGGAAGACCAGCUCUCCAGACGGUUGGCGGCUUUGCGUAACUGAUGGCGUCCAGAGAUUCAAUCAAACUUCUCCUGCGUGAAGGACUUUAUCAGGCCGCUGAUUUUUAUAACCCAGUCCAUUUAUGCACAUUAUCUCCCACACUUUACGAUAAAAACAAGCACUGUCUGUCCUUUAUCAGCUCUUUUUUCUCUGUAUCGCCAUCAUCAAAUGUGACCGUGCCUGUCAAAAGAGCGCAAGUCAUUUCCCCUGUUUAUUUCUGGACGAGAAAGAUCAGGAAACUCAUUUCUACUUUCGGCGAGGCUUCUGAUGGAGAGGAGCUGUUGGAUCUGUACUGACGCCGCGUUGAUUUACGUUUGCAUAUUUAUUUAAACCCGCUACAGACUGAUUUGUCGAUAAUGUUAAUGUUGGCAGAGCUCACGGUGUAGUGUAACAGCGCAUGAAACGCAGAGCCGCGCGUUAUUUUGCCUUACUGCCGAGCACACGCGUGUGAGUAGGUGCUUCUUGCGUUCAGUGCCUCGUCCUGUCAAACCACAAGAGUCUAUGAAUCUGCCCCAGGUGUAAACACCAGUCUUAUUUGGUUCCCAGCCCCGGAUCGGCUCGGUGUAGGGUUAGAUCGGUUUCCUCCAGGUGGUUUUCUUCUGUGCAUUUAUCAUGUAAAUAAAUAAAAUCAUUCUCCUGUAAGUUCUGAAGCGGAUCUUAUUUGGCAUGUUCCAGUGCCGCUGUUUUCAUUCUUUAGCAUCUUAGUCCGUUAAAUGUCAUUUGACGUGAUGAUGUUUACAGCUCGUUCAUCUAAACUGAACCCGUGGGUUGUCGUCGAAGGAUCCUCACUGUCCACGGGAGGCUUUGAUUCUGAGCUCAUACGGAGCCACAGAAACUCUCGUCAUCACCGUCCACUACAACACCACCGUUCUGCACCCAAGUGAUGCUGAUUUGAACCAUGGGACGGCAUAAAGUUGCGUUAGAUGAUUGAGAAUGAAAUAUGAGAGGAGACGAAAUGAGUGUUUUAUUUGGGAUGUGCCCGGUUUAGUUAUUCAUCUGGUAAAUGACUAGAUGUUAGAGAUGUUCCACUACACAUACAUGCUUUAUUACCAUUACUGUAUGUUUAUUGAAUGCAAGUACAUAAUAAAUUUUCUGAUCUUUCUUGUCUGAA